AUGAAUCGCAUGAAGGCAAUAUCCUCUUCCCUCAGAUUCCUCAACUCAUCACUCGCUACCCGAGUUCUUGCAACUCGGAACCAGGUGACUCACUUCUCUUCUUCCUCUAUUUCACUCCCCCUUUUCAAUCGCUCACACGAUUCAUUACCUUCUCACAACACUCAACAAAAACUCUACUUUUCUUCCAAACCAAACUCCAUUUUAGAGCUUGUUUUCUCAAAUGAUUGGUCCCAAGAGGUAGAAAAAGAGUUAGAAAAUUCUCGUCAAUCGUUAACCCAUGAAACCGUUGUUUACGUUUUGAAACGAUUGGACAAAAACCCUCUUAAAGUUUUUUCCUUUUUCAGUUGGGUCAGUGAGAAAGAAUGGUUUAUGCCAAGUUCUUCACUUUAUAGCUUAGUUCUUAGGGUUUUAGCGAGUAAUAAAAAAAUGAAAGAGUUUUGGAUUAUUCUAAGGACUAUGAAGGAGAAAGGGUUUUACCUUGAUGAAGAAACGUAUUUGACAAUUUCAACAGGGUUUAAAAAGGAAAAACUGCAGAGUGAUGUUUCAGCUCUUUCUCAUUUUUAUAAUGGCAUGAUUCACCAAAAUGCUAUGCAGAGUGUUGUCAAAAACAUUGUUGGUAUCAUUUUAGGGUCUAAUUGGGAUGAUGAUGACGAUGAUAAGGUUGAGAAUGAACUUGCAAAAGUUGAAAUUCAGCUUUCGGAUAAUUUUGUGAUUAGGGUUUUGAAAGAGGUUCGAAGUUCUCCUUUAAAGGCUUACAAGUUCUUUCAUUGGGUUGGGAAGCAAUCUGGUUAUCAACAGAAUACAGUGACUUACAAUGCAGUUGCUAGAGUUCUUGCUAGGAUGGAAUCGAUUGAGGAGUUUUGGAGUGUUCUUGACGAGAUGAAGAGUGUCGGUCAUGAAUUGGAUCUCGAUACUUACAUAAAGAUAUCGAGGCAGCUUCAAAAGAAUAGGAUGAUGGAGGAUGCGGUGAAGCUUUACGAGCAUAUGAUGGAUAGUUCAUAUAAGCCGUCGGUUUUGGAUUGCGUUAUACUUUUAAAGAGUAUCUCUGGAGGUGAUAAGCCAAAUUUGGAUUUAGUUUUCAGGGUAGCUAAGAAAUUCGAGUCGGGAGGGUAUACUCUUUCCAAGGCUGUAUAUGAUGGUAUCCACAGGUCUUUGACAAGUGCUGGGAGAUUCGAUGAAGCUGAGAAAAUUGUUGAGACCAUGAAAAAUGCUGGCUAUGAGCCGGAUAACAUCACGUACAGUCAAAUUAUUUUCGGUCUUUGUAAGAUGAGGAGGUUUGAAGAAGCGCACAAGGUAAUUGAGGAGAUGCAAACACGUGAUUGCAGGCCUGAUAUCAAGACUUGGACAAUCUUGAUCCAAGGGUACUGUGAUGCCGGUGAACUAGACAACGCGUUACUUAGUCUUUAUAAGAUGAUGGAACACAAUGGCGAUGUGGAUGCUGAUUUGUUAGGAGUUCUGGUUGACGGUUUUCUUACUCAAAAGAGAAUAGACGGUGCGUACAAGCUGCUUCUAGAGAUAACCGGUAGGUGUUCCGUAUGUCCAUGGCAAGCUACAUUCAAGAAACUGAUUCAAAGUCUAUUAGGAGUCAGAAUGUUUGAGGAGGCACUUGUCCUUCUUAGAAUGAUGAAAACUAAAAAUUUCCCUCCAUACCACGAACCAUUUGUCUCGCAUAUUUCGAAAUUUGGGACCAUGGAGGAUGCUGCAGAAUUCCUGAAGGUUUUGAGUAUAAAAAAUUACCCUUCUCAUAAAGUUUACCUUCAAAUUUUUGAAUCCUUAUUUCAAGAAGGUAGACAUUCAGAGGCCAAAGAUCUAUUGUUCAAGAGUCCUCACCACAUUCGGAGGCAUAAUCAAAUCUGCGAACUAUUUGGUUCGUCGGAGAGUCAGACGGCCAAGAGUCAGACGACCGAGACUCAGAUAACUGCUACUUGA